ACCCACUGAUGUCUGAUCACAAGGAGGACCCACUACAGUGGCAGCAUUCAACGGGGCUCGAAGGAGGAACAGCUGCUCAAAUCAGGACCAGAAGAAGAUCAGCGUGUUCCGGAUCAGACACAAUGGGGGCUACGAUGGGACCGGUUCUGCACUGGCUACACGAUGUAGCAGCUGUGACGCUCCUCAAAGCCCGGCGAACUUUAUUUCAGGCUGCCAUUCUGUUAUGUGUCCUGGUCCUGCUAUUGUGGGUGUCCAUCUUUCUCUAUGGAAGCUUCUAUUACUCCUACAUGCCCACUGUGAGCUUCUCCACCCCCGUGCACUUCUACUAUAAGUCCGAUUGUGAUGCCUCAGAGUCAGCGCUUUGCUCAUUCCCCACGGCCAACAUCUCUUUCAUGAAGAAUGAGAGGGACCAGGUGAUGGCUUACGGUCAGCCUUAUCGAAUAUCUCUGGAGUUAGAGAUGCCAGAGUCUCCAGUGAAUGAACAGCUUGGUAUGUUCAUGGUCAAGAUGUUUUCUUAUACCAAAGGUGGGAAGACUGUCUCAUCAGUGGGACGAUCUACAAUGCUGCACUACCGCUCCAGCCUUCUGCAGACCCUGAGUACUGUAGUAUUCUCUCCUUUCCUUCUGACUGGCAUGGCUGAGCAGAAGCAGCUCAUAGAAGUUGAGCUCUUCUCAGACUACAAGACUAAUGCUUAUCAGCCCACAAUCGGCGCCGUCAUUGAGAUCCAGUCCACACGAGUGCAGAUCUACUCAUCUCAGCUCCGUAUCCAUGCAUACUUCACCGGUAUAAGAUAUGUUCUGUACAACUUCCCUCUGACUUCUGCAGUGAUUGGCGUGGCCACCAACUUUGCCUUCCUCAGUGUCAUUGUGCUCUUCAGCUACCUGCAGUUCAUAUGGGGCGGGCUUUGGCCACCAGACCAAGUAAGAGUCAGGGUUAUGAUGGGAGACAACGCCCGCAUCCAACAGAGGAGAGAGGAGGCUCGGAAGCGCAUGGAGAAGGAAAACUCACAGAAGGAACUUGACGCUCCUAAAGUGAUUGGAUCUAUGAAUGAGGCAUCUGAUCAGGGAGACGACACAGUGUCUGAGCCGUCGUUAAAGAAGCCCUCGAUAAUCCCUGAUGGCUCUGGGGCAGAUGUGCCAGAUAUAAAGGAUGAAGAGUCUCAUGAAGCUGUAAACCCAGAGGAAACGAAUAGCUCAGAUGUGAUCAGUGGAUGGCAGUUGCCUCAGAAGGGUGAGACAGCACUUCGACAGAGACCCGGACCGUGGAUGAGCCUGUGAAACAUGCCACUGCACACACUGAAGUACCUAUAGUAUAUGCAGAUAAGCUGCACAAAGUCCCAUCACUCUUUAUUAUAUAUUGAAUGUGAUUUGACAUGUAUUGAUCAACUCAAUCAAACCCACUGUUUAAGUUGGCCUAAAUACAGAUGCAUGAAAAUGUAAAACCCGUGUUGUUUUAGCUUACUAACUACAGCUUAUUGUCUUGUUUGAGAACAGGUUACCUCAUUGCAACUUAGACCUCUGAUCAUUUAAUUCUGCUUAUUGUCUGCUGAGUGGGAAGCCUGCCCUAAAGACAACAGCGUAACUACAGUCUUAUGUUUGUGCCAAUAGCAGGUGAUACUAUAUUCCAGCUCUGGCCCAUAGCAAUUUUGCAUUACCAUCAACAGUUUAACACCCUUUUAAAAUCAGUUGGGUGUUCCUAUGUUUUACUGCUCCUGUCUAAGGUGGCCUUUUCUCAUGUAAUGGCCAGCUUGAAAGCUGAUGCACACAUCCUAUAAUAAAUCAGAAGAAGUCAGAUGAGCAGUUCAAACAUUAGUCGAGUUGAUUCUGUUUUGGAAUGUGGCCACCCCUUCCUUGAAACUGAAUUUUAAGUUGGGUUUUUUCGAAGAAGGAAUAUCCUGAAGUGUUUCAAACCCUUUUGGAGGAUACACACAAAUAAGUCUUGUGAUGCUUUUAUCUCAGAGGGUCUUAGAUUCUUAGAUUUAGAGCAAUUAGAUUUGGAAAAUGUGUCUAUAAAAGUGUCUCUGUUUAUAAUAAUUUGCCAGAAAAAAAUGAGUCAAUGGUCCAGUCAGAGGGACAUAAGGCAUUUGUUGCUUUUUCAUUUUGCAAAUAGAGACACUCUGUUUUGGUAUAAUGUGAUCUCACUGCUGUGACAUAUUUAGUUCAAGCUUCAAUGCUUUUACAAAGCUGACAUUCAUUCCAGCAUAUCUUUGUAUUCACUGUCUGUUACAGUACAGAUUGUACUCUGCAGGUUGGUGCUGUAAAAAUGGUAUUUAUUAAGUUUUCCUCACAACAAAGCGCCAAGAUAUUAUAUGUGUAUGGGUCUUUUUAAGUAUUGUAUUAAGUUUGUAUUUAAUGUCAAGCAACAUAAAAUAUAAGAAGAAUAAGUGAAGUUACUGUUUUGAAAUUGGUGCUUGUUGUUAGAGCUAAUAAAGUGAAGGUGGUGCUCGUGUAUGGCUCUAUGUACUGAACCACACUUCAGCUUAUGGUUUAAGCAAGUUUAUGAGAGGGUUUGUGGAGGUUGCGGUGAUGUAGGGUUUUGCACCAAAGAUAUUGUUAAACUCAUACUGCGUUCAUGUUCUGUCUUCUUUUAUUCUGUAAUUUGGAAUAUUCAUUGUAAAAGCUUGUGUAGUUAUAAGAGUAGGUGUUAUUUAUGCGUUGAACAACUUAAAUAAAGGUACAGUAGUGCACUUUUCUUUCA